CAAUAUAUUUUGCAACUCAAAUUUUUGUAAAAAUAUGUACCUACAUGCUUUAUAUAACUGAACGAAAAAGUUAAUGUCAUUUGUCAAAAAACAAAAUGUCAAUUGCAACAAAAUUUGACACUUAAAGAAUAAAAAAAAAACAUUUUUUACUGAAGAAGUGAAGAGUAGAAUUUGUAAUAGCUAAUUCGUUAAUAGUUAUUUAUACUUAUUUGCCGCAACUAAACCAUUAAAACAACAAAAGGAGAACUAGAAUACACUUAAAAACAUUCAAAAAUAACAUUAUUAAAAGAUAGCAAAAAUACACCCCUUAUUGUGUAAGAUUUUAAAUAAAAAGGCAAAUGCAUUUUUUAUUACUGAAAGAGUGAAGUAUUAAAAAAAUUUACCGUCUAAGUGUUCUAUGGACAUAAGCAUAUAAUUACGAAAAUGUUGAUUGCAAAAAGUAUUCGAUAUAAUAAUAUACUGGUGACUAGAGUCAGAUCUCUCGCUUCAUGUCGAAAAUAUAGUGAUACAAAUGAGCAGAGAUUCCGGGGAAAAUAUGAUGUUAUAAUUACUGGUGGUGGUAUGGUAGGCUGUACAUUAGCAUGUGCUAUGGGUAAGAAUGGUUUAUUUUCAAAUUUGAAAAUCUUAUUACUAGAAGGUAGUACUGAUAAGAAGUUUCAAUUAAAACCAGAGUAUAGCAAUAGAGUGGUAGCUCUAAACCAAAGUACAAAAUCACUAAUGAACUCGUUAGAAAUAUGGCAGCACGUUGAAAAAAUGAGGCUACAACCAGUGAGACACAUGCAAGUUUGGGAUGCUUGUUCCGAUGCCUUAAUAUCAUUUAGUAGUCGUGAAAUUUUAGAUGAUGAUGUUGCAUACAUUGUUGAAAACGAUGUCUUACUUGAAGCUGUUAAUAUCGAAUUGAAAUCAUCAUCUGUUAAAAAUGUAGAUAUUCUUUAUGAAGCAAAAGUAACUGGAUAUGAAUUGUCAAAAUCCGGAUGUCAAGGAAACAUAGUCAAAAUGAAUAAUGGAGAUAGUUAUUCUUGCGAUCUGUUGAUUGGAGCGGACGGCGCCAAUUCAGCGGUCCGUCAAGCGAUGGGCGUGCAGUACGUUUCGUGGAAUUACGAUCAAAUGGGCAUUGUUGCUACGUUACACUUGGCCGAGGAAUCGGCUAAUACAACAGCUUGGCAACGUUUCCUACCUACCGGACCUAUCGCCUUCCUUCCUCUCGACUCGACAAAGAGCUCUCUCGUCUGGACCACUCCCAAGUCGCUCAGUAAAGAACUAUUGAGUCUACCAGAAGAAAGAUUCGUUGAUGCUCUCAACGAUGCUAUGUGGAAACAAUAUCCUCGCAACAGUGCAGUUGACGCUUGCACAUCAUGGUUGGGAUCAGUUUUGAAACGUUUCGACCUACCAGACAGUACUGAAAGGCAACUGCCUCCCAGUGUUCAGUCAAUUGUACCGGGCUCAAGGGCUGCAUUCCCCCUCGGUUUUGGUCACAGUACGAGAUAUGUUGCUCCAGGUGUUGCUCUCAUUGGUGACGCGGCUCAUCGUGUCCAUCCCUUGGCUGGUCAAGGUCUGAACCUAGGUUUUGGUGACGUUAAAGACCUAGUACAAUUUCUAUCUGACGCUAUCUACACUGGACUAGAUAUCACACACCCAAGCUGGAUGGAGAAAUAUGAGAGUUCUCGUCAGAGACAUAAUGUUCCCACUCAACUAGCAGUAGACGCCUUGAACCGUCUUUAUGGCAUCGAACUGCCUCCCCUCGUACUAGUCCGAAGCAUCGGCUUGCAACUAACUAAUGCUUUCCAUCCUAUUAAGAAAUUGAUUAUGUCUCAUGCUGCGACAUAGAAAAUGAAGAGAAAACCUGAAUACCUACAACUAAAUAAUUAAAAGAUUUGUAGUGAAUAAAGAAUAUGAAUAAAAAUAUACUUAAUAAUAUUUUACUACUAUUUUACAUAUUUUAUUAAAGGUAUUAAAAUGAUCUUGUAUAAUGAUAAA